GCAGAGCAAGUGUUGGGAAGAGCACAAUUAAAUGCACCAAUCUGCCUGAUAAAUGCAGAAAAGUGCCCAUGCCUUGACAUUAUUAGUGACAGCUUGUUAACUAUAAAUCUCUUGUCACCAGCUACAGACAGUACACAGCAGUAAGGUCUAACAACUGACCUCAAGAGGGAAGCUGAAAUUCUCCCGCGUCGACCACCAACAACCAUGCCAGGAGGACCAGCAACGACUACUACUACCACCACCGAAACCAACAGUAUAAAUUGUAAAGCGAUGUCGUUCGUCCGAGAAACUCUUCACCUUCUGCUGCGAUAUGUGGCCAUGGUGGUUCUCCUUGUAUACCACACAGGAGAGAAGAUCCUGCUGGCUCUAACCGGCCCCUUACAACCCGUCACCGCGGAGGCCAGGAAAGUGCCCAAGUCGGAGAUCACAAUUCAGGGAAUCUUCCGAACAUUCAUGAGAUUCCUCCUCCUGGCUGGGUUAUACUGCUGGACUGCUGUGUCGGGUUUCGUCAAAUAUCUGUUCCGUCCAGUCGAAUCGAUUGUCGAGAGUGCGAAGGCCAUCGUCAACAAUGAAGCUCCAAACUGGGAAAAGGCCCAGUGAGUUUGAUCUUUGGAGGUGUUCUACAGUAUUUGACUAUAUACUAUGACAUUAACUUACUGCUGUAUGCAAAUGACUUUACCAUCACAUUUAAACACUUUUCGCUGCUGAGUCAAUUUUCGUGCUGUGAUGGCCAAGUUAAUGUGUGCAACAAAUUACUGCUAAAACGGUUAAAUUGAAAUUGACUUUCGGGUUCAAAACCAUUUGACAGUGACUGGCAAGCUGGUACACUAUGUAUUUUGUAAAAACAAUGUUUUCAUGUUUCUGUUCUCAUCUUUUGUACUGGAACUGUAUGUGAAUAAAUUGUCUUUGUCAAA